AUGGCCAUGAACAACGCAGGCUUUUCAAGCCAUCCUGCGGCCAUGGGACAUCAGGCCGUCGCCGGCCACCACAUGGGGCCCGGCAUGCCUCCCAACGUCGCACAGCCAGGCACGCCCGGCGGCGGGAUGCCCCAGCAGUUUGGCGGCCACAUGGCCGUGUCCGGGCCCGGAGGUCAGGUGAAUCCCGCCAUGAUGGGUGCCAUGCCUCCGGGUGCCAAUCCUCACUCCCUCGGCCACAUGAAUCCGGCCCAGCAGCAGCUGUUUCAGCAGCAGCAUCAGCAGCAGAUGCAGAAUCAAUUCCAUAACCCCAGCGCCAUGGCCGCCAUGCGGCAGCAACAACUUCUCCACCAUCAACAGCAGCAGGCGAGGCAGGCCCUGAUGGCCCAGCAGGUCCAGGUCAACAUGGCCGGCGGCAUGCCCAUGUCGAUGCCGUUGCACCAGCUCAACCCUCAGCAGAUCCAGCAGCUGCGGAAUGCAGGCAGGAUGGGACCCGGCCAGAACCCCCAGGCUCAGGCGAUCAUGGCCCAGCAGCUGGCGGUGCAGCAGCAGCAGCAUCAGCAGCAGCAGCAGCAGCAAGCACAGCAGGCCCAGCAGGCCCAGCAGGCUCAGCAGGCCCAGCAGGCUCAGCAGGCCCAGCAGGCCCAGCAGGCCCAGCAGCAGCAGGCUGCGCACAAUCCGCAGAUGCCCACCGGCCCGAACCAAGGACAGCCCAUGCCGAUGAAUACCCCCAACAUGCCCAACAUGCCGCAGCAAUCCCCCGUCGGCGCUGCUGGAGGCCAAAAUCAAAUGGGUGGGCCUCAGCAAGGCCCGCAACAAUCGCAAGGUCAGCAGCCGCAAGCUCAACAAGGCCAACCGCAGCAGCCUGGCCAGCAGGCGCAGCAGACACCGCAGCAGACGUCCCAAGCCGGCACGCCUGCUCCGAGCAGUCAGCAGCCUCCUGCGCAAACGCCGACCCAAGCGCCGGCGCAAGGAAACCAGGCGCAACAAGGCCAGGGUUUGGUCCAGGUGCCUCCUCAGCAGAUGACGCAGGCGCAGCAGCAGAUGAGCGCGGCGCAACAGAUGGCCAUGCAGAACUCCAUCUUCCAGCAGCAUCAGCAGAGGAGGGAGAACUUGAAGGGCCAGUGCCUGCUGAAGCUGAUGCAGUUCAGCGAACAUUUGAGCGGCUUCCCGGGGGUACGUGUCGCGACUCCUACCGUUCCUGCGUGCGGUGCUGACGGAGAAACACAGGGUAGGGAUGAUCUCUCGUACUGGAAUGCCUUUGUCGCUCGAUUCUUCUCCCCCAACGCCGUCCUCCGCCACUUGCUGCACAUGACCGAGUCCGAGGACCCCAUGGACAAGCAAUACGACAUCUCCUAUCCCGCCAUCGCUCGCUACUUUCAGACGCACUUCUCCAACGGCGUGAAGAGCAUGCAGCUCAUCUUGGAUAGGGGGGGCGGAGACCGGCCGCUGCCAGGAGACUGCUACUGCAUCGAGAAUGGCAAGGCAAGCCUGGUUUACUGGUUCGAAACGGGAUCUCACGUACGUAUUGUCACGGUCUGCGGGAGGGCGGUCGCGUGUGUGCUGACGAACCGCUUCAAGCUCGUGGCCACCGGCAUCCUUCGAGUGCACUUUGAUGCCGAUCAGCGGAUCGAACUGUUCGAGUUCUUGACGACGAGCCACGAAGAAUACAUUUCACGGAAGCAGGUCAUUGAGGCCGCCAAACCCGCGCACAUGUGGUUCAAGGAAUGGCACAAGGUCAAUUCGCAGGAUGUGAAGCAGUCGCCCGAGAUGUCCAAGAAGAGCAAGGCCAAGCAGCUCAAGUCGCCGCAAACGCAGCCACCCGACGUCUUGGUCGACCUCCCGGACUCGGCCGUGAACAGCAAAGGUGUGACGGAAGCCGUCCACCAGUUCCUCGAGCCUCUCUCCCAUCGCAAGAUUGUCGAAGUCAUGGGCCAGAUGAAUCCCUUGUUCGGCUUCUGUCACAGCAACCCCGGCGUCGGACCCUACGCCGCGCUCGAUCAGUACGUCUCGGCGUACAUCAACGGGGCACAGGCCCUGAACGGCCAGCAGAUGGCCAUGCAGCAGAUGCAGCAGACGCCGAGGACGCCAAGCUUUGGGCAGUUUCCGAUGGGCGCGAGCCCCGCAGCGACGCACAUGAACCUGCCUGGGUCACCGCACAUCGGCAGCCCGGCCCCGGGAUCGAUGCAGGCCCCGGGCAUGCAAGUCCAGGCGAGCCAGCAAGGCACGAGCUCGAGCGGACCGAGCGCCAACACAUCACCGGCAUCCAACAAGCGGCGGCGCCCGUCGGGCAUCAAGGUCGAGGAAGACGGCUCCGGCGUUCCCACGCCGGCGGGGGGCGGUCCGCAGGUAAACGGCGUUCAGGGUCGGUCCACGAAGCCGCCGACGCCUCGGAUGCCCAAGAGGAUCAAGACAACCACUUCUUGA